CUAGGGUUUCGGCCAUUGAAGUUGCUGAUUGCAACCAAUAUAUAUACAUCGCUGAAAAACGAGGGCUAAAACCUUGCAGAUUUUGAAGCAUCCUCGCGCCGAUUAGGUCUACCUUCUCAUCCCGGAGAUCCGAAGGCGUUAACCAUGGCGGAUGUGGAAGCCGAUGUUCCAGUGGCUGGACAACAGCCAAAGAAGAGGACAUUCAAAAAGUUUAGCUUCCGUGGUGUCGAUUUGGAUGCUCUGCUCGACAUGUCCACUGAUGAACUCGUCAAGCUCUUCACUGCCCGUGCACGCAGAAGGUUUCGUAGGGGUUUGACAAGGAAGCCAAUGGCCCUUAUCAAGAAGCUCCGCAAAGCGAAAAGGGAAGCACCUCCUGGUGAGAAGCCAGAGCCUGUCCGAACUCACCUUCGGAAUAUGAUCAUUGUGCCAGAGAUGAUCGGAAGCAUUAUUGGUGUUUACAAUGGGAAAACCUUCAACCAAGUUGAAAUCAAGCCAGAGAUGAUCGGCCAUUACCUAGCAGAGUUCUCCAUUUCAUACAAGCCUGUCAAGCACGGUAGGCCCGGUAUUGGUGCUACCCACUCUUCAAGGUUCAUUCCUCUCAAGUGAAAAUCAGAGUCAACUUCUUGCUCGCUUAGUUUUGUUAUAUUUUUACGAGAAACAUGGAUGUUGAUCAGCUUUUGUUCCUAGUUUUUGCCCAUUUUUCUGUGCUUGAUAUCUGAUUAGUACGAUGGAGGCUGUAGUUUUUUGAAUCUCGUGUUACCUUUUAAAAUUUUAUUCCGCUUGUUUAAUCGAAAUGUAGACUUGGCUGCGUAGUUUGGUAUUCA